AACAUAAUACAAAUUGGUUCGUUCCCUUUCAAAAUGUUUCCCCUUUAAAAUUGAUUCCAAAGCCAAUAAUGGCAGUCACAGUUUCUGUCUUAGCCAACAUUGUUGGAGUUGUUGGCCUUGUUGUCAUAGUGAUAAAACUGAUACAAAAAUGUAUGGCACACAGGAAGUGGGUAGCAGUGUAUGACGCUUUGCCUGGAGAGAGUCAUAAGAAACAUUGGCUGUGGGGACAUGUACAUCUGUACCCUGGUCCUAAUGAAGAGGGGUUGAAAUUUCAGAUGGAGAGGGUCUCAAGAUUUCCCAAACUGCACUGCUUGUGGAUAAGUUUUAUUCGUCCCAUCAUUGUAAUGCACCAUCCAGAUACUAUGAGAGCUAUCCUCAAAACUUCAGAACCUAAACCAAGAGGCCUGGGUACAGUAUAUAUAAUGGGAGUGGACUGGUUAGGAGAAGGUCUACUGAUUGCCAAUGGAGAGCGCUGGGCCAGGAACAGAAGACUACUUACACCAGCUUUCCAUUUUGAUAUACUACAACCCUACAUCAAAGUUUACAAUCAAGCUACAGAUAUAUUGUUGGAAAAGAUAGAAGACCGAGCUAGAGCUAACAAGUCAUUUGAAUUAUUUUCUAACAUAGGCCUGUGCUCCUUAGAUAUAAUACUGAGAUGUGCCUUUUCCUAUGAGAGUAACUGUCAGACACUAGGAGAAAGCCACCCUUAUGUUUGUGCUGUAGAAACAUUGAGUGAAAUUUGGGUAGAUAGAUCUUUAAACCCAGUUUUGUUUCCAGACUUCAUUUUCUACCUAACGAAAACGGGGAGGGAAUUUAAAAAGGCUUGUGAUUAUGUGCACACUGUUGCUGAAGAAAUUAUUGAGAAAAGGAGAAAAACACUGGAGGUAGAAGGAUUACCUAACAAAGAAACAGGUAAAAAAACCAGAUAUUUGGAUUUUUUGGAUAUAUUAAUUACAGCUAAAGAUGAAAAUGGUGAAGGAUUAACUCCCUUAGAAAUCAGAAAUGAAGUUGAUACUUUCCUAUUCGAAGGACAUGAUACAACGACCAGUUCUAUGUGCUGGACUUUGUAUUCCAUCUCACAACAUCCAAAAUGGCAGACAAAAAUCCAGGAAGAAAUAGAUCAUUUAUUAAAGACAAAAAACUCUUCUGAAAUUGAAUCGGAGGACAUACCAAAACUAGAAUCACUAACCCUUUGUAUUAAAGAAGGAAUGAGACUUCAUUGUCCUGUUGGUUUUAUAUCUCGUGUCACCACCAGGGAGAUGGUCAUAGAUGGCGUUACAAUCCCUUCUAAUACAACAUUAGCAUUACAAAUCUAUAAUCUACAUCACAAUGACACUGUGUGGGAAAAUCCAGAUGAAUUCAUGCCUGAACGAUUUUUGCCUGAAAACUCAGCUAACCGAGAUUCAUAUGCUUUUAUUCCAUUUUCAGCAGGGCCUAGAAACUGUAUUGGUCAACAUUUUGCCAUGAAUGAACAAAAGGUUGUACUUGCCAGACUUCUUCAAAAGUUUACUUUCCAACCAGAUCCAGACUGUUUGGUGAAGAAAAAGAUUGGAGUAGUAAUGAGAGCUGAAAAUGGAAUAAAACUGUUAGCACAUCCAAGGUCUUAUUGAUCGGAAAAUAUUGUAUUUUGUUAUCGUCUGAUUUUUACUAUUUGAAUAGUUAUAUUGUUAAUCUGUUAAUUUUCUCAAACAUUUGCUAUGAUUGAAUUUUUAAAAAUCAUUUCUGGAAUAGUUUAUUACAUGCUUAGUAACCAGAAUUGUGGACUUUUUAAUUUUAUGUAAAGUCUGUCAUUAUAUAAAUAACACAUAGCUGAGAGGGUGAUAGAGCAGAUUGUUACCCUGAGAAAACAUUGUCAACGGCGGCGAAGUGUAGAACUUAAGCAUUAUAUUUAUUACUUGAUGUAAAUUCAAUUCAUUGUCCUUUAAAUUAUCGAUUUUUGAUUGGUUUGGACAAGAGGGUGACAUUCAAAAAAAUUGUCACCGGCUCAGCCAUGUGAUAGAGUAAAUUAACACCCUUGUAUUAGCCAUUCAAAAUAUGGCAUUUUAACAUGAAGUAUAAUAAAACAAAUUAUUAACAUGUUUCUAGGUUAUUUUUAUGAUACAUGCUCAGAGACAAGAACUGUGGAGGUCUGGCCUGGGUUUCACGAAAAAUCUUAAGACUAAAAUUGAAAAUAAGCCAUGAACAAUUUAAUAUACUAACGCUCAAUAUUAGUUGAAGGAUUUUUUGUGAAACACAGGCUUGAUGUUUGAGAUAUUUUUAUUAGGUGUACGGACCUCCCAUUACUUCCAUAGUCAUGACAUUAAGUUAACCUCAAUGAUAAAGAAUUUAUAUUUAUAAAUGUCUAUAUAUUUAUAUUUAGUUUAUUUAAAUAAAUAUAUUUAUUUUUUUUAUAAAUCUAAAAAUUAUAGUGUUUUAGAAUUAUUUUAAAAACAAUCAGUAAUUGCAGAUAUGGAGCAAAUGUCAAUCAGACAGCAACCCUACAUAAUUAACUUAUUAGAUGGCAUAUUUUCUUUCAAAUUGUGAAAGGGGUGCGAGGGGUGGGUAGGGAGUCAUUUAACAUAAAUAUCUGUGAUCCUUGGUUGUAUUUAAAAAGAGAAAGUUUUUACAAAUAUUUUGAAAUUUUGAAAAUGUAUAUUGUGGGUUGAUUGGCUUAUUGAAAAUAGGGGUCUAGAGGCCAGACGGACAUUCUAGUUAUCAAUCAUUUAUCUAAUUUUAGAUUUUCAACAAAUAGUUGGCAUGCAAUAUAUAUUAGGACUUGAUUGUGUGAUGGUUUGCUUUUAGCUGUAAAGUAAUUCAACAUUAAUAUUAUAGACUGUGUCAACUAAUGAAUUAAGACUGCUAUAAUAUUUUAUAAUUAGAAAAAUCAAAAAGUGGACUGAAGAAGCUUUAAUUAGAAUGAAUUUAAACAUUCUUGACCUAAUUGUCUUUCAAUGAUUUGUGUUAUUAACUGAACUUAAAUUGAAUAAGUUUACAAAUGAUAUUAAAAAUAAAUAGAUGA